GCGCUUUGCGUCGAGUGUUGAGCCAGCCUAUACGAGCGUAGUAACCCUUACCGAUUCCCAAACGCUGCGCCAGGGUAGCGUCAGACCCACGCCGACGCCGUCGACGCAAGCCACGCGCACCGGAGCCCGCUGCACACCAAGCUCUCCCUGUGUGCCAGAGAGAGCUACACGAUGGCCGAAGUCCCGGCGGACCUCUCCGCCUUCGCGGACGAGCUCGCCGACGCCGCCGGCGCGGUCAUCCGCAAGUACUGGAGAACAAGGGUAGAAGUCAUCUCCAAGGACGCGCGCCUCGACGUGUUCGCCGACGAGCCCGUGACGAUCGCCGACCGCGAGUCCGAGCGUGUGAUGAGAGAUAUGAUCGAGCAGCGCUACCCGGCCCACGCUAUCCUAGGCGAGGAGCACGGCGCGAAGGGCGACGGCCGAACGAGCGAGUGGGCGUGGGUGCUCGAUCCUGUGGAUGGCACGAAGUCGUUCAUCACGGGCAAGCCGCUGUUUGGGACACUCAUUGCUUUGUUGAACUACGGCAAACCGGUAUUGGGGGUCAUCGACCAGUGCGUGCUCAAGGAGCGCUGGAAGGGCACUAGUACCAAGACGACGUUCAACGGGCGGCCCUGUUCGACGGAUGACUGUACGUCGUUACAAGAAGCGAUGGUCUACGCGACGACGCCAGAGAUGUUCGCGCCUGGGUUGGAGACGCGAGCAUGGAACUACUUGAGCUCGCGAUGCAAGCGCGCUUUAUAUGGGUGCGACUGCUACGCGUAUGGGCUGUGUGCUUCUGGGAGUGUGCAGCUCGUGUGUGAGGCGGACCUGAUGCCUUAUGAUUACCUGGCCGUCGUGCCCGUGGUCUUGGGCGCCGGCGGCGUGAUGACUGACUGGGAGGGCCGGCCCUUGACGCUGCCGAACCACGACCUAUCGAAGGGGCGGGUCCUCUGUGCCGCUAAUUCCAAGCUGCAUUCUGAGGCGCUCGCGGCGCUUAGGAAGGCGCCUCCCUUCUCGCGCGCGGCGCGGGACGCGUUUCUUCUUGGUGUGGCGUGCGGCGUCGCGGCGAUGGCGUUCUUGCGGGGGCGUAAGUGAUCGUGUCGUGUUUU